AUGCCGGCCGCCCCUGGCCACGCCGGCGGUGCGGUGUCGGACCGCGCGCAGCUGCCAGGUGCAUCGGCGAGCGGCGGAGUGCAGCACCGGGCCCUGAGGCCUUCGCAGCCGGUGAAGCUGGAAACGUUCAGCAUUGUGCUUCCGUGUGCGUAUGAGGGCCAGAACGCGGUGCGCACGGUGGAGUCAAUCUGGAAGCACACGAAGCCCUCCCGCAUCAAAGAGUUCAUUCUCGUCGACGAUGGCAGCGUCCCUCCCCUGGAAACUGAGCUGCCCUAUGAUCUGCUCCAUGGGAAGCGAGUCGGCGCCCCUGUCGUCAUCCUUCGCCAGCCGAAGACGCUCGGGCUGAUCGCGGCGAAGAAGCGCGGGGGCGACGCCGCCAAGGGUGACGUGAUCGUCUUUCUGGACUGCCACGUGGCCCCAAAUGACGGCUGGGACGAGGCGUUCCUGAGGCAGAUGAGCCGCGCCGCCCUGCCCAUGAUCACCGCUCUCGACCCCGAUACCUGGACGGAGAAGGCGUCGGGGCCGAGGAGCUACGCUUGUUACGUCCUCUGGAACGGCGACUUCACCUGGCUGAGCAACGCGGGCCGGGACGUUCCGCUCAUGAGCGGGGGCCUCCUGGCCCUCAGCCGGCGGUGGUGGGAGGAAACGGGCGGCCUUGACGACCGGAUGAUCGCGUGGGGCGGCGAGAACAUCGACCAGUCGAUCCGCGCCUGGCUGUGCGGCGGGCGGAUCGAGCUGGCCGAGAAUGCGAGCAUCGCCCACAUGUGGCGGGACUCCAAGAAUCCCAAGACGACAAGGAAGUUCCCGAUGCCGACCGAGGACGUGAUGCGCAACAAGGCGCGCGCCGUCGCUGCAUGGUUCGACGAGUUCAAGGAGAAGACCUUCUCCUUCCCGGAGUACGAGGACAUCAUUUCUGGAAAGAACCCCAUGGGGGACAUGGGUCACUUCGACAGGCUGAAGAAGACGCUCACCUGCAAGCCGUUCACGCUGGGCCUGCGGGUCCACCGCUUCGACUACGUGUACAUCCACUCGGGCCUGAUUCCCGAGGAGGUGUUCCAGCUCCGGGAGCAGAGCACGGGCCUCUGCCUCGAGCGCACCGUGAGCGCCGAGAUGCACCACGGCGGGCUCGUCCUCGCGCCGUGCGCCGCCGGCUCCGAGCUGCAGCUGUGGCACCCCGCCAACCGGGACCGGUCGAGGGCGCGCGGCCCGUGCUGCAGCGGCAUCGCGAACUGGAACUUCAUCCUCUGUGUCAACUCCCCAGGCCUGGGCGCCCCUGCGUCGGUGUUCGAGUGCGACAUAUCUGGCGGCUCUGGGCUCUCCAACACCCAGGAGUUCAGGCUGCGGGACGGGCAGAUCGAGUUCCAGGGCGGCAAGGGCUGUCUGUCGCCCGCCGCGCUGACCCUGGCUCGUGCUGUGGCCUCCAUCCCUGGGACCUGCCGUGUGAGAGUCUCGGAGCUGGACCUACAGCCAGGCGGCUCCAAGGGCUCAUUCCGUCUUGUGACAACAGAGCGGGCUCCUCUGCCCUUGCAGUCCGCAUGCGCAGCCGCAACUUCCUCUGCAGACAAGGCCAGCUCCGAGCUGACUCUGGGCUUCCAGAAGUGCGAGGGUGCAGAGCCUGAGCAGACCUUCCACGUCAAGAAGAUGCAUGGCGGCUUUCAGGUUCAGGUGGGCGAGAGCGGCAAGUGCCUGGACGCAGCCGGCGGCAAUGGUCUCUUGGUUUACCAUUGCUACGAAGAGUCGGUUGGCAACAAGAAUCAAAUUUGGCACCUUGAUGGCGGCGAGCUUGUCUGGAGAGGGUCAGGAGAAUCACAUUGUGUUGACGUUGAUCUUAGCACCAUUCAAGACGCCCAACAGGAUGAAGGCAUCAAGCUGGAGACGUGUGCUUCUAAAGAUGGCCAGCUGUUUUCCAUUGAUCGAGGGGGUUCUCGGCAAAACACAUUCCACAUCCGCGAUGCUGAUCGUAAUAGUUGUUUGGUGAGAUCCUCCAGCACGAAACACUUGGACAUGGGUGGCUGCAGCGAAGACCAAAGGUGGCGCGAGAUGGGAGAUACGAGGCAAAUUCAGCAUGUCAGUUCCGGGCACUGCUUGGACGCUGGGGAUGAAUCCGCGCCGAUUUUGUACCCCUGUCACACGCCAACUGCCGGGCGGAAGCAGCGCUUCCGGACGCGAGAUUCUUCGAAUUAUAUGAUGGUCCAGAUGGAGAAGGGCUGGGAGGACAACGGCAGGAAGAUAUAUCCAACUUCGAGAAGUGCCUCGACUUCAAGCCUAGGCGACCCACCCAGCUGGCCGUGCGCCGGUGCCCCGCCGUCCGCGGACGCGGCGUGCUCUUCUCGAAGGUCGGCGCGCGGGUGCCCCCGGAGACGCUGCUGUGGCAGCGCGCCGCGAG